AUGUCUUGCAAGCCCGAAGAAGAAAAGCAAUAUCAAACAACAGUUCUGCACCAAAGGAGAUCUUUACAGAAGGCAAACCCACAGCACAAUAAUUUAAAGCAAAAGCGGAUACAGGAAUGGGCAUGGAAAAGGCUUUUAUCAAAGAAGAAAGCGAGAAGAUGCUGCCCGAAAGCUCAUGGAAAAGGUAGCAAAAGUGUGGUUGAUAGAAAGAGCUAA